CCCUCCCCUCCGUCCCCCACCCUUUUGCAACGCCUCCACAUUAUUCUUUCAACUAUCUCGCUCCCUCACUCAAUACUGGCUUGCUUUUCCAUUUUCUUGUCUACACACCUCAACUUUCCCUUGCUGCAGUUGUUGUAGGAGGAGGAGCUGUUCUCUAUAUCUCCCCCCUCCUCCCACAGAUCACUGCUGCCAGAGAGACAAUAGUUAGGCUGUCCUGCCUGAUCAUGUGCUAGCUCCUCCUCCUACAAUUCUUUGAUUCACUGCCAAGGAGACAAGAACUAGUCCUCCUGUUUGUUUGCCUGUUUUUCCAUUCAAAAUUUCUCUCCUCCUUUGCCAUGCUGUGAAGCUUGUGAAUCUUGGAAGAGACGGGCUGCAACAAGGGGAGAGAAAAUUUCUCCCAAUUUUUUUCUUUGCUCACCUUCGUCAGGAUCAUCAGAUCUAUAUCCUCCUCUCCGCUUGUUGACCCCAAAGAGGUCGCUGGCAAUGGCAUCUCCGUCGAGCACCGGCAACUCCGCCGUCUCUGUGGUGGUCGCAGCACCGACGACACCGGGGGCCGGGGCGCCGUGCGCUGCGUGCAAGUUCCUGCGGCGCAAGUGCCUCCCUGGUUGCGUGUUCGCGCCCUACUUCCCGCCGGAGGAGCCGCAGAAGUUCGCCAACGUGCACAAGGUGUUCGGCGCCAGCAACGUCACCAAGCUGCUCAACGAGCUGCCGCCGCACCAGCGGGAGGACGCCGUGAGCUCGCUGGCCUACGAGGCGGAGGCGCGGGUCAAGGACCCCGUCUACGGCUGCGUCGGCGCCAUCUCCGUGCUCCAGCGCCAGGUCCACCGCCUCCAGAAGGAGCUCGACGCCGCGCACACCGAGCUCCUCCGCUACGCCUGCGGCGAGCUCGGUGGCAUCCCCACCGCGCUUCCCGUCGUCACGGCCAGCAUCCCCACCGGAAGGCUCUCAUCCGCCGCAAUGCCGUGCCCCGGGCAGCUCGCCGGCGGCAUGUACGGCGGCGGAAGUGGCGGUGGCUUCCGGAGGCUCGGGCUUGUGGACGCGAUAGUGCCACAGCCACCUCUUUCCGCCGGUUGCUUCUACAAUAUGCGGAGCAGCAACAACGCUGGAGGCAGCGUCGCCGCUGAGGUGGCGCCCGUGCAGAUCCCUUACGCCUCCAUGGCGAAUUGGGCCGUGAACGCCAUUAGCACCAUCACCACCACCUCAGGAUCAGAGAGCAUUGUGAUGGAUCACAAGGAAGGAGGAGACAGCAGCAUGUGAACUGGCGCGCCCAACGAACAUGCAUGUGGAUUACCUCUCCUACUCUCAAGACCGAUGGAUGUGGAGGAUGAUAUGCGCUUUGGCCGGCCUUGACGCUCAAGGAAGGAAGCUUCGGGGAGACUGAUGGGAUCGAGCUAGCUCAUUCCCAGGUUAAUUAAGCUAAGAAGCAAUCUAUCUAUGAAUCUAUCUAUAUAUAGCCAACAUGAAUUAUAUAUGUCAGUGUCUCCCCUUUCUGCAUGUUGUGCAAGCCAUACUUUGGGUCGACUUUGGAGUUCUAUAUGUAAUCGAAUCGAGAUCUAGCUUGAUCUCUCUUCUUUUCA